UAGCGGAAAUCUUGCCAGGUUUUACCACCUCUCACUCAUUUAUUUACUUUGCGGUCACCGCUUUCAGGGAACAGUUAUAAACUAGAUGCCCAAAAGAGUGGCGUGCGGGGACACAACUAAGAUUUUUUAAAAAAAUUGUCACCAUAUCCUCCGCACGUGCAGAGGGCAGGUAUAAAACGAUGAAAGGAAGGUGUUGUCAAUGAUAUCCGACAACCGGUCGCCGGGCACAGCCGUCCAGGGCGCUGUCCCCGCGCGCUCCAAUGGGACGAGAGACGCCAGCCCCAGGGUAACCGGAGGCGCGUCGCGGGCCGCGCGCGGGAAGCUGUGAUCUGAGUCCGGCGCCCGCUCUGCGGCGGCCGCAGUGACUCGACCCCGCCGGACAGGCCAGAGGAGCCCAUCUUGCAGCUCUCAAGUUUCUGUAGAAUGCUGUAAACAAUUGUCACGGUUGGUUUUCAAGUCAUAGAAAGAGUUGCAACUUCUCCUUCGUAACAGAACCUUCCUAGUUGCAUUCAAUGCCUAACAUUGCAGAAGCAGAAAGGGCAAAUGAUUCUGGAAAUGGUGAGCACAAAUCUGAGAGAAAGUCUCCUGAAGAGAAUCUACAAGGUGCUGUCCAGUCUUUCUGCACUCGUGCCUCGGGGGCACCCUUGGGUCCCAAAGGAGAUGGUCAUUACCCGUGGAGCUGUCCAGUGACCCACACUCGGGAGAAAAUUUAUGCCAUCUGUUCAGACUAUGCCUUUCUCAACCAGGCAACCUCAAUCUAUAAAACUCCAAAUUCAACCCGCUCUUCUUGCCUCCCUGAUAGUACCUCUUUAUCUGCUGGAAAUAAUCCAUCAAGAUACAUUGGCAUCCCAACGAGUACAUCAGAAAUCAUCUACAAUGAAGAAAAUAGCUUGGAAAACUUAUCCAAUAGCCUGGGCAAGCUACCUCUCGCAUGGGAAAUCGAUAAAUCUGAAUUUGAUGGGGUGACCACAAAUUUGAAACACAAAUCAGGCAACGUAAAGAAACAAAUUUCCAAGAAAAAAACUUCAGAUAAAAAAGGAAGACAUCAAAGGGAGUGGCCUCAGUAUUCUCCUCUUGAAGAUAUUAAGCAGCGGAAAGUAUUAGAUCUCAGAAGAUGGUACUGCAUAAGCCGACCACAAUAUAAGACUUCUUGUGGUAUCUCCUCAUUAAUUUCGUGUUGGAAUUUUUUAUAUAGCACAAUGGGAGCUGGAAAUCUUCCACCUAUUACCCAAGAAGAAGCUUUACGUAUUUUGGGCUUUCAACCCCCAUUUGAAGAUAUUAGGUUCGGUCCUUUCACUGGAAAUACAACACUUAUGAGAUGGUUUCGACAAAUUAAUGACCACUUCCACGUAAAAGGAUGCUCAUAUGUUCUAUAUAAGCCUCAUGGGAAGAACAAAACAGCUGGAGAAACUGCUUCAGGGGCCUUGUCGAAGUUAACUCAUGGAUUGAAAGAUGAAUCGCUGGCUUAUAUCUAUCAUUGCCAAAAUCAUUAUUUUUGUCCAAUUGGCUUUGAAGCAACCCCUGUUAAAGCUAAUAAAGCAUUCAGCAGGGGCCCCCUCUCACCACAAGAAGUAGAAUAUUGGAUCUUAAUUGGAGAAUCAAGUAGAAAACAUCCUGCUAUUCACUGUAAAAAAUGGGCAGAUAUUGUUACUGAUCUCAACACUCAAAAUCCAGAAUAUCUAGAUAUCCGACACUUGGAGAGGGGGCUGCAGUACCGAAAAACAAAGAAGGCAGCUGGUCAAGAAAGAUACAGGGUAAGGCAAUCUGAUGAUGUCUGUUUUGAGGCAGAUGGAAUUAUUUUGCAGGAGGAACUGGAAACUCUGGAGAGCAGCCUGUUAGCACAGCAGAAUUCGUUGAAAGCACAAAAACAGCAGCAAGAACGGAUUGCUGCUACCGUGACGGGGCAGAUGUUCCUGGAAAGCCAGGAACUUCUUCGCCUGUUUGGCAUUCCCUACAUCGAGGCUCCCAUGGAAGCAGAGGCGCAGUGCGCCAUCCUGGAUCUGACUGAUCAGACUUCUGGAACAAUCACUGAUGAUAGUGAUAUUUGGCUCUUUGGAGCACGGCAUGUCUAUAAAAACUUCUUUAAUAAAAACAAGUUUGUAGAGUAUUACCAGUAUGUGGACUUUCACAACCAACUUGGAUUAGACCGGAACAAAUUAAUAAAUUUGGCCUAUUUGCUUGGAAGUGAUUAUACAGAAGGAAUACCAACUGUAGGUUGUGUUACAGCCAUGGAAAUUCUCAAUGAAUUCCCUGGACAUGGCCUGGAACCUCUCCUAAAAUUCUCAGAGUGGUGGCAUGAAGCUCAAAAAAAUAAGAAGAUAAGACCUAACCCAUAUGAUACCAAAGUGAAAAAAAAAUUGCGCAAGCUGCAGCUCACACCUGGCUUUCCCAACCCAGCUGUUGCAGACGCUUACCUCAAACCUGUGGUGGAUGACUCCAGGGGGUCGUUUCUGUGGGGGAAGCCGGAUCUGGACAAAAUUAGAGAAUUUUGUCAGCGUUAUUUUGGGUGGAACAGGAUGAAGACAGAUGAGUCUCUGUUUCCAGUAUUAAAGCAACUGAACGCCCAGCAGGUAAUCAGUGCAGCUCUUUUCCUAACUUCAGGGUGAGGAGUGAACUAAGAAAGGCUGCCAGUCGCAGCUAUUAAAGACCCAUUACUCUUUUAUUUUAGAGCAUGUAACAUACAUUUUAAAAAUAUUACACUUUAGAUAAGAGAACAGAAGAAAACAGAAAAAGGGAAAACUGCACUUUGUCUUCAUUUCUCAAUUUCACUCUUAGGGCUGGACUUCCGUGUCUGUGCGUGUUCAUUCUGACUUUGAAAAAACCAGGCUAAUAAUGGAUUGCGUACUGAGAUGUUUAUGCUUGAAUAUUUUAGUUUUUCAGAGCUAUUUUCAUUUAAAAAAAGUCUGGGAAGUGUCCAGUCCAAAGCAAAUCCUGAUCAUUGAAUUCUCUUCGAGUACGAGUACUCCUUCAUUCUGUAAAUGAGUCAUCAUCACUAUGGCAUGUUGGCAGGAGAGAUUUUUGAGAUGAGGACUUUGUAUGGCUCUCAGUUCUCCCGUGGGGUGGGUGUAGGUAAUCGGGUCUCGCUGUAUCUGUGAGUAUAUUCCCACCCAUACCGAAGAUUGUUCCACCCCAGGAACAGCCUCCAAAAUAUAUGUACAGGUAAACCACUUAGUAGAAAUGAGACCAUAUCCUAGAAAGUACACAUAUUUAAAUCUAUUGUCAUUAGGUUUGGUUAAUUUAGAAAAAACAUAAAUAAAACUGAGGUGGAUGGCCUUUCCGAAAAACGUCUCCUUUGCUUAUGCGAUGACUUUCUGUAAUGGAGCCAUUGUAUGCCGACAGCCAAGGAAAGUGUGUCGGCUUUGUGAUGAUUACUCCUUAAUUUCAGGUACAUUGUGUUGUACUAUGUUUCUUCCUUUACAUUAUAGAAGUUAAUAUAAAUUUAUUUCCCCCAAAUUAGAAAAAAGUGGAUUAAAAUGAUCCAUUAUUUACUUUCUCUGACACAGAUACUAACAUACAGGUUUAUUUUCUUUUAUUCUCCCCCCCUCCUUUGCCCAUAUAUUUAUCAUACAUAAAUGCAAUUUGAUCUAUAUAACUCCCCCUCGUACUUAUUAACAUAAGAUUUUUUCUGUAUAUUGCAUGGUUUUCAUAAUUUCAAACGACCAGAUUACAUUGCAUCAAAGAGAUUUCACUUAACGGGUUCAGCGCACUUAGUGGAACCUUGAUUUUCAGGUUUUCAUAAAUAAUGCUGUGUUGAACAUUAGGCAUAAAACUUUCUCCACAUGCAACUAUUAUUUUAAAAAUGUCUUGCUAAAUGUGGAUUUGCUAAACAAAGAGCAUGACCAUUUCCCAGUAUGCAGUGUGGUUGCCCCCUCAACGAACCGCACAAUGACCAUGUUUUGAAGAGAAGGGAGGAGUGGAAUUUAGACACAGACCCCACGAAACUGUGCUGCUCCAAAAGAAGUUGGCAUAUUUGGCUACUGAAAAACACCUGACUCUCUUUGAGUGCCUGGGAAGGGGGUUCUUAUUGGAGAUGCGGACGGAGGGCUUAGGUGACAGGUGGUGAGUACUGCUUCCAGUGUGAUCUAGAAAAUCAAAUUUACUCUCAGUAAAUCCUGGGGUAGAGAUUUGGCUUUUGAGAGGUAAGGAAGGCACCUUCCCUGAAAGAGUCAUUCAAAGCCAGUGACCAAGGUGGAGCUCUUUUUUUUUUUUUUUAAAGAUUUUAUUUAUUUAUUUGA